AUGGCGGGCGCGGCGCUGGGCGUGGGGCCGGGCGUGCUGGUGUUGCAGUUGCUUUGGGGUCUGGCGCUGCUGCUCUGCCUGGCGCUCUCCCGCGCGGCCGGCCGGGCUCGGUUCGCCGUGGUGCCGGUGACGCUGGGAGCCGCCAUCCUCAGCGCCGCGCUGCUGCUCUUCCCACGGGAGGACGAGCGCCCGGCCGCAGCCGCCGCUGAUGAGAUCGUGGACACCUUCUUCAUCGGCCGCUUCGUCCUCCUGGCCGUGAUGAUCCUGGUCUUCCUUGGGUGCCUGUUCCUGCUCCUGAUUUACCACCUCAUGGAGCCAGUGUACGCCAAACCACUCCGCAGCAGCUAGCAGCAGCCAGAGGCAGCAAUCCCUGCGAAGAGGAAAUCCCAAUUUCAUGGCAAUAAACCAGGAAGGGAGACCAGGAGACUGUACCGGAGGUGAACGCGUCGGUUUUUCCGAGCUCGGAAAGAGCUGUCGAAGCAAGCAAAGUGUGUUGCUUGCACCCAGCGCUGCGUCUUUCAUCUUUAAAAGCGAAGUUUGGACUGAGCAUGAGCGCCUUCCUCUCCAGGGACUCUGCAGACUGCAAAGGUGCUUUAACCUCUCUCUUCUCUUCUCUUUUACAGGAGAGUUGAAAUCCAUGCACUUUGCACUACGCUUGAUUCAAUGAAUUGAACUGAGCCGAGAUGGUUUUUUAUCGUUAUCUGCAAGAGAUGGUUUGUUACUGUUCCUUUUUCACCUUAGUUCAA